AUGCUGCUCCUCCAGCUGCUUUUGCUGCUCUCUGCCACCGCAACCAACAGUGCAACCGCUUCCUCGCCAAGCCAGCCAAGCCAUAAUGGUGACGAAGGAGCUCUUCUCGCUUUCAAGGCAAAGAUGUCCGGCCACUCUGGCGCGCUGGACUCGUGGAACAAGAGCACCAGCUACUGCAGCUGGGAGGGCGUCACCUGCGGCAGGAGGCACCGGUGGAGGGUAGUAGGCCUGAACCUCAGUUCCCAGGGGCUCGCCGGCACCAUCUCCCCUGCCAUCGGCAACCUCACCUUCCUGCGCUUACUCGACCUGAGCUACAACAGCCUUCAGGGUGAGAUCCCAGCCAGCAUCGGCUCCCUCCGGCGGCUCCGAGGCCUUCACCUGGUUCAAAACACGCUCACUGGUGUCAUCCCGAGUAACAUCAGCCGCUGCAUCAGCCUCCGUGAGAUUUUCAUCCAAGACAACAAAGGCCUGCAGGGAAGCAUCCCAGUUGAGAUUGGCAGCAUGCCGGCGCUCUCGGUUCUAGCGCUGGACAACAACAGCAUUACCGGAACCAUCCCGUCGUCUCUUGGCAAUCUUUCCCGGUUGGCCGCGUUGUCCUUGGCAAUCAACUAUCUUGAGGGAUCAAUCCUUGCAGGCAUCGGCAACAAUCCAUAUCUCAAGUGGCUUCAGCUCUCUGCUAACAAUCUCUCUGGUUUGCUCCCUCCUUCCCUGUUCAACCUAUCAUCUGUUUAUUACUUUUUUGUGGCAAAUAACAAGCUGCAUGGCCGUCUACCAACUGACCUGUUGCUUCAGAUUUCCAACAAUAGCAUAUCCGGUGUCAUCCCAUCAGAUAUUGGAAAUUUGAUAGGUCUUGAGAUGCUUGAUUUUGGCAGAAACUUACUCACUGGGGUGAUACCUGAAAGCAUUGGGAAGCUUACACAAUUGCAGGGGCUAGGCCUCAAUUCAAACUACCUCUCAAGACUACCAUUCUCCAUCGGAAACCUUUCUAGUCUACUUAAACUUUAUUCAGGCUUCAACAAUUUUCAGGUGCCAAAUCCACCAAGCAUUGGAAACUUGAGCAAACUUUUAUCCCUAGAUCUGGCAAAUAGCAACCUUACUUGUUUGAUUCCUAAAGAAAUUAUGGAGCUACCCUCGAUCUCAAUGUUUCUCGAUCUGUCCAACAACAUGCUAGAGGGACCACUUCCAUUAGAAGUCGGUAGUUUGGUACAUCUCGGACAGCUAAUCCUGUCAAGAAACAAAUUGUCAGGUGAGAUACCUGAUAAUAUUGGCAAUUGCAGGGUCAUGGAAAUCCUCUUAAUGGAUGGCAAUUCAUUCCAAGGAAGCAUACCUGCUAUGUUCAAGAACAUGGUAGGCUUGACUGUACUUAAUUUGACGGACAACAAACUGAAUGGAAGCAUCCCUGGCAACCUGGCUACUCUUAUGUAUCUUGGCCACAACAAUUUAUCCGGAACAAUCCCAGAGCUUUUAGCUAAUUCAACAUCGCUACUUCGCCUAGAUCUAUCCUACAACAACUUGCAAGGGGAAAUAACAAAAGGAGUUUUCAAAAAUUUGACUGGACUAUCAAUUGUUGAGAUAGAGCUUCCAAUAGUUCCGUACAACGAUAUACUGAAAGGAACAUAUGGAUUUUCUGAAGCAAAUGUGCUUGGAAAGGGAAGAUAUGAUAUAGUAUACAAGGGCACACUAGAAAAUCAAGCCAUUGUCGUCGCCGUUAAGGGUCAAGACUUCAGAGCACUAGUCUUUGAGUUCAUGGCUAAUGGCAGCUUAGAUAGAUGGAUCCACUCAAAUUUAGAAGGCCAAAAUGGACUAGGAGCACUCAGCCUGUCACAGAGGUUGGAUAUUGCUGUGGAUAUUGUGGAUGCUUUGGACUAUCUUCACAACGGUUGCCAGCCAUCGAUCAUCCAUUGCGAUCUCAAGCCAAGUAACAUUCUUCUCAAUCAGGACAUGCGAGCUCGUGUUGGAGAUUUUGGCAUUGGUACAGUUCUAGAUGAAGCAACAAGCAAACAUCCUGUGAAUUCCAGUAGCACCAUAGGAAUAAGAGGUUCCAUUGGAUAUAUUGCUCCAGAAUAUGGAGAAGGGCUUGCGGUGUCAACUUCGGGAGAUGUCUUUAGUCUUGGCAUCACUUUGAUCCAGAUGUUCACAGGGAAGAGCCCAACGGAUGAUAUGUUUAGAGAUGGGAUAAGCUUGCAUUGUUAUGCUGAGGCAGCUCUUCCUCACAAGAUUAUGGAGAUAGCAGAUUCCAACAUCUGGAUGCAUGAUGGAGUAAACAAUAGCAAUGAUACAAGACAUAUAACAAGAACUAGGGAAUGUUUGGCAGCUGUCAUUCAGCUUGGUGUCCUUUGUUCAAAGCAAUUGGCCACGGAGCGAUUGUCAAUGAAAGAUGCUGCUGCAGAGAUGCAUGCUAUCAAAGAUAAAUAUAUUUUUACUCAAUAA